AUGCGUUAUAACUUCUAUUCCAGAGUGUUGAGUAGGCAAUGGAACGUCUAUCAAGGUCUCAAUCUCCCCAAACGAUGCCCAACCACAUAUAAAUACUUCCAUGCAUCUGCGAAGCGAUCAGCCAUAAAACCAUUUAUGUUGGCAGAUAUUGGAGAAGGAAUCAAAGAAUGCGAAAUCAUACAAUGGUUCGUGGAACCAGAAGCUCGGGUGGAGGAAUGGGACAAAUUAUGUGAAGUGCAAAGUGACAAAGCGUCGGUCGAGAUUACCAGUCGGUUUUCGGGUGUCAUAAAAAAGCUUCAUUAUGAGGCUGGGGAUAUGGCACAAGUGGGGAAAGCUCUCCUGGAUAUUGACAUACAAGGGGAGAUUGAACAAGAGGGUGCAGAUGCCGUUGAAGGGUCAAGUGCUGGCAAUGACUCUAAAGCCCAACCCGUAGAAAAGUCACCAAUGGAAUAUAAAGUAGAUGUUCCAGGUGCCUCUCAGCCAGCUGCCGAGACUCGACCCUCCCCAUCAACUCCAAAAGGAAAGCAUGCGGCAUUGGCAACACCAGCAGUAAGGCAUCUUACAAAAGAGUUAGAUGUCAACAUAUUAGAUGUGACAGGUACGGGGAAAGACGGCCGCGUACUCAAGGAAGAUGUACAUCAGUUUGCAAAACAGAGAGAUAGGGCUCCGUCAACAACCCAGGAACCCUUCGUAGCGGCAAAUGGUGGCCCUCAAAAGGAGUAUGCCACUUCAUUAACGCCUGUUCAACAGCAAAUGUUCAAAGUCAUGACGAAGUCUUUGGCAAUACCUCAGUUCCUCUACACUGAUGAAAUUGACUUUACGAAACUCUCCCAAGUACGAGAUCGUAUUAACAAACAACUGGCAAGCUCUCCCGUCAACGGGGUUGCCAAGCUAUCCUAUCUCCCCUUCAUCAUCAAAGCUGUUUCUCUAACUCUCAAUCGUUACCCCAUUCUGAAUGCUCGGCUCGACAUUGAUCCCACUUCGCAGAAGCCCAUCUUAACAAUGCGUCCUCAACACGAUAUCGGCAUCGCAAUGGACACUCCCACAGGUCUCCUCGUUCCUGUCCUAAAACACGCCCAAUCCACGUCUACCCUCCUCACCAUCACUCAAUCUCUCACUAAUCUUCAAUCCCUUGCCUCAAGCUCCACCCUUACCUCCUCUCACCUCUCCGGUGGUACUAUAACCAUCUCCAAUAUCGGCAACAUCGGCGGCACCUACCUUUCCCCUAUCAUCGUCGAUUCCCAGCUCGCCAUCCUCGGCAUUGGCAAACUACGCACUAUCCCCGCGUUUGAUGCUCACGGAAAUGUUAUCCCAAAACAAGUCAUCAACUUCAGUUGGAGCGCCGACCACCGCGUAAUAGACGGUGCAACCAUGGCCCGCGCAGCUGAAAUGGUCAGAGGGUAUAUCGAAGAUCCAGAAACCAUGCUUCUACAUAUGAAAUGA